GAAGGUGAGGAGGAGGAUCCAGAGGGGAGGAGAGGAGGCAGGCGGCGGGUGUUCUGCCGAGGUGGACGUGGCGGGUCCGGCGGAGCGAGCUACAAGUGACGGGCAGCGGAGCCGAACCGAGGUGGACAGCCAGCCGGCCAUGAACCGGACCCCCCACAGGAGCUGCCGGAGGCCUCCAAGCUCCAGAACCAACCGGAGAGAGAUUGUGGGUUGGAUCCGGAGAAUGUUGUUACUGUUAGCCGACUGAAACGUCCUCUGAGCGAAAAUCAGCGCCAGAUUGUAGCAGCAGUCCGGCAGUCGGUGCGGAGGCUGCGUGGCGAGCUGAGAGGCCACCUGAACGGCAGAGGGGCAGAGCAGGGACAGGCUGGUCUCAGUCAGGUGUGGGUGCCGACUCUUAUCCUCCGUCUGAUUGGCUCUCGGGGACUCUGGCCCUGCAGCCCCUCCUGAGUCCAGACCGGACCUUCAUCAUCGGGGAGGGGGGGGGGAGUGGAGGGAGGAGGAGGAGGAGGGGGAGCCUCAGUGAUCCUUCAGGUGUAAAGCAGCACGGCGAGGAGGGUUAGCUCCGCCUCCCGCCAUGACGGACUUGGAGACUGAGUGCCUGAGCCUCGGCCUGCCCCCCGAGUGCGGUUCGCCUCCGCCACCUCUGGACCUGUCCCUGCAGGGGGACUGUGGCCCGGGCCCCGCUGGAUCGGCCCCGACGCCCACUCUGGCCCUCCUCUCCUCGGACUGCCCCACGCCGACACUCAGCUCGCUGGCGGCGGAGAUUGCCGAGCCGCUGGUGAUGCUGCCGUGCGUGAAGAGUGAGCCGGAGGACGGAGACCUGGAGCCCAUCAGGACCGUGGACCUGUCGGAGAUCCAGCCGCUGUCCACUGCCGAACUGGGUCAGGACCAGAUCAAGAUGGAGAUCAGUGGCCUCGACUACAUCAAGUCCGAGCACCACAGUCACCAUGGCAACCACCACCUCGGCCCAUUUCACCAUGGCGAUGUCACUGAGCUGGACUACAAGUCGCACUACGAGCCCAGCUCUGUGUUCGACUACAUCUCCCAGGUCACCGACACUCUGGAGUACAUCAAGUCGGACCACCACGUGGACCUGCAGUGUUACUACACCACCGAGCUGAGCUCCCUGAAGUCCGAGUACUGCGACUCCAACGCCAUGUCCACACACCUGCAGCACAACGGCCUCGAGUCCAUCCACAUGGCUGAGCUGCGCACCGAGCUCAACAAGCUGCGCCCUGACGCCCUGCUGAUGGACAGCAUGGGUAAACUGGACCCAGAGUUCGGAGGAGCGGCACUGUACGAGCUGCAGCCCGCUGAGGAGGGGAAGACCUCUGCAGAGGGGACGGCGGCGGGACAGGGAGGCGGGAGUCAGGUGGUCACGACCAAAACUCAGAGCUCGACGGUGAGGAAGCCUCGCAACAUGCAGGGCGAGAAACCGUUCUCCUGCACACAGUGUGGGAAAAACUUCAGCACGCUGGGGAACCUGAAAACUCACCAGCGCAUCCACACUGGCGAACGGCCCUACACCUGCUCGCAGUGUGGCAAGAGCUUUGGCCAGGCAGGGAACCUCAAACGCCACCAACUGAUCCACACGGGCCAGAAGCCGUACGUGUGCGCUCACUGCCCCAAAGGCUUCACGAAGGCCGACGACCUGCGAUCGCACCAGCGGCUGCACACUGGCGAGCGUCCCUUCAUCUGCGCCACCUGCGGCAAGAGCUUCGGCCAAUCCAAGGAGCUGAAGGCCCAUCAGCUGAGCCACACCGGCGAGCGGCCGUACUGCUGCCAGCACUGCGGCAAGAGCUUCACCAAGGAAACGAGCUACCGCAAUCAUGUGCAGAUCCACACCGGCGAGAAGCCCUUCACCUGCUCGCAGUGCGGAAAGACUUUCAGCAACUCGGGCGUCCUAAAAACCCACGAGAAGAUCCACACCGGUGAGCGGCCGUUCGGCUGCACGCAGUGCGGCAAGAGCUUCGGCCGCCUCGGCCACCUGAAGGCCCACCAGCAGAUCCACACGGGCGAGCGGCCGUACGCCUGCCCACAGUGCGCCAAGACUUUCAGCCAGUCAGGUCACCUCAAAGCACACGAGCAGAUCCACAAGCGAGAGCGAGCGGAUACGGCGAGCACCAGCAGCGACGGCAGCAGCAGCACUGUGGGCAGCGACAGUAGCUAAGACGAACCUUUAACCUCCGGAGAAACAAAGUAUUAUCCUCUUUUUUAUAAAUACUCUAUAUAAAGUUUCCUUAUGAGUUUUUCUUACAUUUUCAUACCUUUUGUGCUCUUUUGCAUUUUAUCUGUGGGCAGGGUGGACUGACUGAUUUGCUCUUAUGCAAGUGUCUGUGUUAUAUAUACUGUGUGUCUGUGGGGCAGGGGGCUGUAGAUACUGACUGUAGAGUACCGCCACUUAUUUUUGAAGUACUUAUGAUACACAAGCACAAAUUCUUCAGUGACCAAGUUUGAGUACUUCUUUUUGUAUUUGCUGUUUUUUACUGAAACAGACCAGCAGCUCCUGACAGAGCAGGACCCCGUUUACCGAGACCCGCCGCAAACUACUGUAUGUACGUAUUUACAAGCCUUUCAGACGUGGGAUAUGUCAUGUUGCUGCUUCAUCAAUCCAUUAUUCUGUCAUUCAUGUUCCUCACAGCUUCAGACGCUCCCACCACAGUGCUGUAGAGACACGGUACAAUAUUUGUCAUUUACGGCGAAUUAAACAGCUGCCAAGUCAUAUAUAAGACAUAAUAAUGCAAAAACAGAAAAUCAAAAGUAUGGAUGCAUAUUUUGAAAAGACUGCUUUUUUGAUUAAUUGGCAAGCCUUAUUAUUUAAAUGUCACAAUGCAGUGGUGACAAAAGCCUUUCCAAUCACAUAGACUGUCAGCCAGUAAACCUCAGCGAUGUUGUCAUGCUGCCCUUCAGCUCAUAUUUAGAAGCGCUGUCGGCAUUAACUUUCACAGAAGUCUUUGUCAUGGUGCCCGUUGCUAGCUAAACUCCCAUAAUACUCUCUGCUUGCCAACAUGAACUGUAGUCUGAGUGACGCCUCCUCUGGUCUUUACUGUAUUAAGCCCUGUAGUAUCACCUGGGGACCUCUGGUGAAUUGUAAUAAUUGCGGACGAGGUCGGUGAUCUUCAUCCUGUGCUAAUGCGCCAUGUCGGUAAUUGGUAAAGUAAUCAUUUCCUCGCAAAUUACCUGCCAUAUUUCGCCAAACUCCGACGCCCUGGCAUAAUGCUAGUCCCAUGCGAAUUUGCAUCUCAGUGAUCGGGGGGUAUGUUAGUUUUUUUUUUUUUUUUUUGUAUUGCACAUCUUUUUCUGCAUCUUUCUCAGUUGAAUUAUGGAGGCUGCGUUGGAAAUUAUUGACAGCAUUUUAGGAGCGAAUGCAGGAGUAGGGCGAUAUACAACGGGCCUGUGGACCAUUGGCAGAAACGGCAAAAUCAGAUCAACAAGAAGAGGGAAAUUUGGGAGGAUAUAGAGAUGGAUGACAUGCGUAGCAGCAUGCAGUAAGCAUAUCUUUCAACGGGCUUAAUACAAACACCCUGACGGCCUGUUAUCCUGCCAACGCUGCCCACUGUGUUCUCAAGUCACGCUGCUGCUUUGACAUAUUUACUGUUGCCGUGACGACUACAAAUCAUGUUAAGAGUGAUGAUUUUAACCCGAACCAUAAGCUUUCCAUAAAGCUAACCAAGUGGUUUUUGUGCCCAAACCUCACGACGCCCUAACAAUAGCGUUGUUGCAACAUAGGCUUUUAAUGUUUUUAUUGUUUAUUUGCGCGACUGGUGACCAGUGUUUUUUUGGGGUUUUGUUUUGCAUGUAGCGGCUGAUCACUUUGCACAUGGACAACAGCAGAUGUUGCGACCUGCACAGAUUUGACAUCAUAUCCGGGCUGUAAUGUCAGUAAAUUUCAGUAAAAUACAGACUUCACUUAUCCUGUAUGAAUGUACUGCAAGAAACACAGACAUCCUGGGGUGAUUCACAAAUUACCAGGGAUCCCCAGGUAAUACUAAUCCUGUGUGAAUAGGGCUUUAAACAGUAAGAGGCUCCACCUGGUGGAACAACCAGGUACUACAACUGAUCUACAUUUACUGACAUCAUCAUGACCUUCCCCUAACCUUAUUGGUUAAUUUUUUUUAACUGGUUAAAUUGAUCACAUCCCUUAUCUAAACUGUUUAAAAUAACCAAAAGCCAAGUGAAAUUCUGAUUUUAAAAACAGUAUUUUGUCCCUGUGUGAGGAUAAUUUACCUACCAGUUUAGCCAAUAAUGACUAGUGUUAUCAAUAAUUGAUAACACAAGUUGAGUCCAAUAGACAUUGUUCUAGGUAUCACAUAGCUAUUUUUAACAACAAACGUGGCACAAAUCAGCUCAGUCACACAUAUUGUUAUGUUACAGAUAUACUGUCUAUAGCUUGUUGUAUUUGUGUGAGUUCUGGCUGGUAUCCAUUAAGCAUAACAGAAGUCUUUGUCAUGGUGCCCGUUGAUAGCUAAAGUCCCACAAUGAUCUGUGCUUGCCAACAUGAGUUGUAGCCUGCCUCCCCUGGUCUCUACAGUAUUAAACAGUAGAAGACUCCACCUGGUGGAAUAUCCUGGCCCUACAGCUGAUCUACAUUUACUGCCAUCAUGACCUUCUUCUGUAUCAUUCAUUAUAUUUUUAAUCCGUUACGUUAUUGACAGCAGUCACCAGCAAUAAAGAACAGCGUGGCUGCUGUUAGAAUCCGGUGUGUCACCACGGCUGAUCAUUUAUAACUAAUUAAUGCUGCUGCAGUUACUCAGUAACCUCAGAGGGAAAACUUCAGACCUGGAUUGCUUUCAUUAUUGUUACAUCUCAUGGACAUUUUGGAACUAACCCGUCCGACCUCGUAGGACUUUUACAGAAGUCGUUAUUUUGCUCGUACAUGAUACCAACACGCUGCCGUCAGAUUUCACGUCUAAAAUAGGCUUUAGAUUCAAAUAGAACACAGGCAAUGGAUGUCACGUAAAGAUAAUAAAAUGUCCUGUUGAUCCAUCAGAGCAAAGAGAAAACAUUCCGUUAAUUCAUUGGAAGGUAAAACCUCAGUUAAAAGCAUAAUGUCGGUGCUUCAGAAUCUCCUUCCAUCUUCAGUCGGUGGUUUUUGGUAAACGGGGCCCAACUUCAGGUUCCUCCGUUUGGCAGUAAAAGUACUUUCUGCCAGUUUACGAGUAUUUUCUUUAGAGGUGUGGGUACUCGCAGGCUGUUACUGUACUGUUAAAACCUCUCAAUAUGAUUUUUAUCGACCAGUAUUGAUUGAUCGAUCGAUCAGGACACAGCAGGCGUCUUUUUGUUGCUGAUGAUAAUCAGUUGUUUUUGUUUCGUAGCAGAGUUGAGAUGUUUUCAGCAGCGUUGGGUUCGAAGGACCAAACUCAUCAGCACAAAGGAAUCCAACCUCCCUCUUCCUCACCCUCCUCACCCUACUCCCCCGUCCAGAUCGCUCACUGUGUACAAAUCUAUUGACUGUCAUUCCUAAAAAAAUGUAAUAAAACUUAAAAAAAAAAAAAAAAAAGAGGGAGGUGAUGCAGCAUCUUGUACUGGAAGAAGAAUUAUUAAAGAAACUAAUGACA